UGAUGUCUCUAUCUGGCUUGGCUUGGGAUCGUUGAGUCAUUGACUUUAGUCUUAGCCCAAAACAACUACUUCAGUCAGAUGAUGUAUACAUAAGUGAGAAAGAGAAGUCUAAGACUAAGAUGGAUGAAGGAAAUCAUAGCGCCAGUAACUUGCCAUUACGAAGGGAAAGUGGUGUUGACAUUGAGAAUUUGGAUUUAUUGGAUGGAAAGGAGAGGGAGAACACGACGACAUACGGCGAACCACUUCUGACUAAGAGGAAAAAUACAACUUCCCAGAUUGCCAUUGUGGGUUCCAAUGUCUGUCCCAUUGAGAGCCUUGACUACGAAAUUUUUGAAAAUGAACUAUUUAGGCAAGACUGGAGGUCAGCUAAGAAGAGUCAAGUAUUUCAGUAUGUUGUGCUAAAGUGGGCUUUUGCACUUCUCAUUGGGCUUGUUACUGGACUAGUUGGCUUUUUCAAUAAUAUUGCAGUUGAGAAUAUAGCUGGAUUCAAGCUACUUUUGACUAGCGAUCUCAUGUCUGACAAAAAAUAUUACAAGGCUUUUGCAGCAUAUGCUGCCAGCAAUGUAGGUUUAGCCGCAGUAGCAGCAGCUCUUUGUGCAUUUAUUGCUCCUGCUGCGGCAGGUUCUGGUAUUCCUGAGGUGAAAGCUUAUUUGAAUGGUGUGGAUGCGCAUUCAAUACUGGCUCCGAGCACUCUCUUUGUCAAGAUUUUUGGUUCCAUUCUUGGUGUUUCUGCCGGAUUUGUGGUUGGUAAAGAAGGGCCUAUGGUACAUACAGGUGCUUGCAUAGCCUCUUUUCUUGGGCAGGGAGGCUCUCGCAAGUAUCAUCUAACUUGGUCAUGGCUAAGAUACUUCAAAAACGAUCGCGACCGACGAGACUUGAUCACAUGUGGUGCUGCUGCUGGUGUAGCUGCUGCAUUUCGUGCCCCAGUUGGUGGUGUUCUGUUUGCUCUUGAAGAGGCAGCUUCGUGGUGGCGGAGUGCUCUUCUUUGGAGGACAUUUUUCACAACAGCAGUUGUCGCCAUAGUAUUGAGAGUCUUCAUACAAUUUUGUACUACCGGAAACUGUGGGCUAUUUGGGCAAGGAGGUCUUAUCAUGUAUGAUGUCAGUGCAGCCAGUGCAACAUACAGUGUUCCUGAUAUACUAGCAGUAUUAUUCCUAGGAAUUCUUGGAGGAAUUUUUGGAAGCGUUUAUAACUAUCUUGUGGAUAAGGUCAUUCGAACUUAUAGCAUCAUUCAUGAAAAAGGUGCUGCGGCCAAAAUCUUACUUGUUAUCACCAUUGCUCUCUUGACAUCAUGUCUUUCUUAUGGCUUACCAUGGUUUGCAGUGUGCCAAGCAUGCCCUACUGAUGAGAGUGUGAGUUGUCCUACUGUUGGUCAAUCUGGUAACUAUAAAAGCUUCAAUUGCCCAUCAGGCUAUUACAAUGACCUUGCCUCCCUAUUUCUAAACACUAAUGAUGAUGCCAUUCGUAAUCUAUUCAGCACCAGUACAACAAAAGAAUUUCACAUUUCCUCUCUUUUCAUCUUCUUUGCCGCCGUUUACUUCCUUGGAAUUAUCACUUACGGCAUUGCUAUUCCCUCUGGGCUCUUCAUCCCUGUCAUAUUAGCUGGAGCUUGCUAUGGACGUCUUGUUGGGAGGUUGUUUGAAUCAAUCUCUGCUCUUGACACAGGUCUCUUUGCCCUACUUGGAGCUGCCUCCUUCCUGGGUGGCACUAUGAGAAUGACAGUCUCCCUAUGCAUUAUACUGCUUGAACUCACCAAUGACUUACUUUUGCUUCCCCUCGUCAUGUUGGUUCUCCUUAUUUCGAAAACUGUAGCUGAUAACUUCAACAAGGGUAUUUAUGACCAAAUAGUUAAAAUAAAGGGAUUGCCUUAUUUGGAGGCUCAUGCAGAGCCAUACAUGAGGCAUUUGGUCACAAGUGAUGUUGUUUCUGGUCCAUUGGUUACUUUUUCUGGUAUUGAGAAGGUAGGACGCAUAUUGGAUGCUUUGAGGACUACAGGGCAUAACGGAUUUCCAGUGAUUGAUGAACCACCUUUUUCAGACGCUCCAGAAUUGUCUGGUCUGGUUUUAAGGUCUCAUUUGCUUAUUUUGCUUAAGGGUAAAAUUUUUUCGACGGACAGGGUUGUUUGUGGAGCAGAGAUCUUACGCAGAUUUGCUGCAUUUGAUUUCGCUAAGGCAGGAUCAGGAAAGGGAAUCAAAUUGGAGGAUCUUGAUAUCGAAGAGGAGGAGAUGGAUAUGUAUGUUGAUCUCCAUCCUAUUACAAAUGCAUCGCCGUACACAGUCGUUGAGACUAUGUCACUAGCCAAAGCUGCUAUUCUCUUUCGACAACUUGGUCUAAGACACCUGUGUUUGGUACCAAAGAGCCAAGGGAGACCUCCAAUUGUUGGAAUUCUAACACGGCAUGACUUCAUGCCGGAGCACAUUUUGGGACUCUACCCUCAUAUCAAGGCUCACUAGUAGACCUUAGAGCAUGUUUUUGUGCCGUCAUGUGAAGUCGUUGGUGUUUGAACUUCUGGAAGUGAGAUUUUCUAUGAACACUUUAGAGCAUGUUGAAUGAUCAGGUUUUGUAUCAGCAAUUAUAAACAUCUGUAUCCAAUUCGUAUAAUAAACUGGAGGAUAAUGUUGAAAAGUAGAUGUCCUAAAACCCAACUGUAUGAUAUAUCAGUAGGAUAGGAUAUAAUAUAUAUAUAUAUAUAUAUUCACUGUACAUUAUUUACACUAAAUAGAGGGUAAGUCCUUAGUUGAAUCAUUAAUGUAUGAGCGGUUCGGUUCGAUUUAU